CAUGGGGAGCAGCAAAUACGCAGUGGGCCGCGGCACAGUGCAGCUGUUCUUCAGUGAGUCAGGUGAAGGAAAGAGAGCGAGACAGAGGACAGAUCAUCGCUGUUUGAGUCAUGAAGCUGAUCCAGACGGUGAAGCGCCGAAUGGGAAAUGAUGGCGACAAAAAGACAUCCACGAGUCGCACUGGGGCGACCAGCAGUGGCGGUAGUACUUCAGGAUCUGGCGACCUUGCCGCGAAGAGUAAGGCCACGACGCCAGCCAAUUCGUCCAGCAAUCGAGCAGCGACCACGAAACCGGCCACGGAGUCCUCAAGCUUUGCUACGAUCCCCAAGUUGCGGGAGGCACCUCCACAGGAGCGGACAGACCUCUUUCGUAAAAAGAUGGAGGUUUGCGCAGUUGUUUUUGACUUCCACAAUGACAACAUGCAGAAGGAAAAGGAGGCCAAGCGCCAAACCCUCUUGGAGAUCGUGGAGUAUGUCAACAACACCCGGAACUGCUUCAAUGAAGCUUUGAUGCAGGAUGUUGUAAGCAUGGUGGGGGCGAACAUUUUCCGAGCCCUCCAGACCAGAAACAAGGAUCCCCUGGCCUUCUCAGACCCCGAAGAUGAUGAGCCUUCCCUAGAGCGCGCGUGGCCGCACUUGCAGAUUGUGUACGAGUUCUUCCUGCGGUUCGUAGUUUCAAAUGACGUCGACCCCAAGAUCGCCAAACGAUUUGUGGACCAGAACUUCAUGCUCAAGCUGCUUGAGCUGUUUGAUUCUGAGGAUCCCCGCGAACGGGACUACUUGAAGACAAUUCUGCAUCGCAUCUACGGCAAAUUCAUGGCCCUCCGGUCUUUCAUCCGCCGUGCUAUUCAGCACGUCUUCUUCAAGGUCAUCUAUGAGUCUGAGACUCACAACGGUGUUGGUGAGCUGCUGGAAAUCUUGGGCAGCAUCAUCAACGGUUUUGCUCUUCCUUUGAAGGAAGAGCACAAGGACUUCUUGAUCAAAGCACUGAUUCCACUGCACAAGGUGAAGUCGUUGGCCUCUUUCUACCAACAACUGUCCUACUGCAUGGCACAAUACGUGGAGAAGGAUCCACGCCUGGCCUACGACAUCAUCACCUCGAUGCUCCGCUACUGGCCCGUGUCCAUUACAUCGAAGCAGGUGCUGUUCCUCAAUGAGCUUGAGGAGACACUGGAACUGACACAGCCACCAGAAUUCCAUCGAAUGCAGGAUGUGCUGUUCCGGCGCUUGGCCCUUUGCAUCACAUGCCCGCACUUCCAGGUGGCGGAAAGGACACUGUUCUUUUGGAACACAGACUACAUUGUGAAGUUGAUCAACGCCAACCGUACGGAGCUAUUCCCUAUCAUCAUCUGUGCCCUGUACAAGAACUCCAAGCAGCAUUGGAACAGUGCUGUGCACGGACUGACCUUCAACGUGCUGAAAUUGUUGAUGGAGGCUGAUCCUCAGCUCUUCGAUGAGUGCUCAGCGAAGCAUCGUGCUGAUGAGGAGGAGGAAGGCCGACGAGAGCAGGAACGGGCUAGAAAGUGGCAGGUUUUGCAAGAGAUGCACGACGCAAAGGUGAAGGCUGGCAAGCCCGCAUGAAGCUGACAGUUUCAGUAACUGGCAGUUUCUUUUGCAUUUCAACCAGAGCACAAUUGGGCCAUCUUGCAUUCCAUGAGUCAAGGUGACUCCGAUUCACCCAGAAAUGCCUUGAGACUGUGUGUUGAUGACAAC